AUGCAUCAUUUAAAUAAUUCAAUUGAUGAAUCAAGUCGUCUAAAACAAUUUGCAUGGGAACAAUGGGACAAUCAAGUUAUUGCUGUUAUUUUUCGACCUGGUCAUUAUGGUCUUGAUCGUUAUGUACUUAAACGUUAUGUUGAACAAGUUUUAUAUCAAUCAGAACGAUGGAAACAUUUAUCACCUUAUUUUUCAAGUAUUUCAUCAUUAGUUCGUUCAUAUUCUUUAACAUCAAAUGAAAUUGAACUCAUACGACGAAUUCUUGAUUAUCAUCUUAAUGAUAGAUUUCAUUUACGUAUUACACAAACAAAUGAUCAAUUAAUUAAUUAUGAAGAUUUACUUGAUUUUAUAUCUCAUCUUCAAGAAUUAUAUGAUAAAAAUUCAAAUUUUUAUCCUAUAAUCAAUGGAAAAAUACCAUCAAUACCAACUAUUCAUUCAUCAUAUAAUUUACCAUCAUUAACAAAAUCUAUUAUUUCUUCUCUAGUACAAUCAAAAAUAAAUCCGGUGAAAUCUUCUUCAAUUAUCAUUCCAUCUAUAUCACAAUCAAAUAAAACUGAAGAAUCUAAAAUACAAAUUAAAUCAAAUCAAUCCAAUAUUUCUAUUCCAUCUGAAUAUUGUUCAAUAUCAUUAAAUAAUGCUAAAAUUGAUGGUAAUGGUUGGAUACAAAUAAAUAAUGUUUAUUUACCAUUUAUAAUAAAAAAUCAUCAACGUUUUGUACCAUAUCAAGUACUUGUAUCAUGUAAAAUUCUUGAAGUUAAUGAAUUACGAACAACAUUAAUACAUGCUACAUCAAUAGAUAUAACAUUAAUUAAUACAAUGAUACGUGAUUGUAAAAUAAAUAAUGAACAAAUACAUGAAAAUGCUUUAUUAAUUAAUGUUUAUUAUGUUCUUAUUGGUACAAAAAAUAUUAUUUAUGUUAAAAUUUUACCAAAAGAUAAUCCAAUAUCAAAAAUAAAUCGUCAAUAUAAAAAUGUUUUAUCUUUACAUGGUGGUUCAUUAUAUAUAAAAAAUUUUUUAAUACCAUUUGUUUGUUCAAGUCAACAUUCAUAUAUACCAUUAAAUAAUAUAUUAAAUAUUUAUCCAAAUUUACAAAUAAAAUUAAAAAAUUUUGCACGUGUACCACAUACAAAUGAAUUAGAUUAUUUACAACUUGUACAAAUGUAUUAUAAUGAAGAAAAUUUAUUAUCAUUAGAUACAUUACUUAUUAAUAUGAAAGAUUUAUAUCAUACAGAAAUUAUUCUAUCAAAAACUAUGACAUUAAUUGAAUAUCAAAUAAAUGAAAAAAAUAAAUUUGAACAAAAAUUAAAUUUAAUUAAUAAUUUUUCAAUAAAUAAACGAAAAAAUCAAGAUUUAUUUGAAGAUAAACAAUUAAAACAAAAAUUUAAAACAUUAAAUCAAUCUACAUCUACAUUUAUUUGUCCAUCAACUAUACAAUCGAUAACAUCAUCUUCAAAUAAACAAAAUCAUUGGAUUUCAUCGAAUAAUCAACAUCCGACAAGAACUCAUUGGCAAUAG